CCUACUCCCUGCAAGGCUGCAACCAAAACCAGCCAGCAAAAGCUAAAACUGUUUCUACUAUAUUCCAUUUCACCAUGACAUGACCCUCAAGCCUAACCAACCACUGCCAGCACCUCUCUCACUGUCCCAAUAUAUUAACCCUAGCUCCCAGUUCCCACUCUCUCCUCUUCAUUCAUCAAAACCCUUCCCGUAAGCCCAUCCUUUGCACAGCUCAAACAUGGCUAUAUCCUCUUCCUUUCCCAUCUUCGGUCUUCUCUUCCUCGCAACUCUCAUGUCCUCUCUUGUCAUUUCACACCAACAACCUCUCCUCGACUCCGCCGAGCAGGACUCCCUCUUUCAGGUCCUUUACUCCAUCAACUCAGCCAUCCCUUGGCGCACUCUCUUCCCUGACGACCUCUGCCUCUCCGCCCCACACGGCAUCGUUUGCGAGUACUUCACCGAAGAACAACCACCACUCACCCCAAACGGUUCCGUUUCAACCCAGCCUCCCCUUGAAACGGCUCACAUUUCUGAACUCAGUUUCGGGUUCGUCUCUGACUACACAUCCAACCCGCCUUGCUCUCCAAAUUCCACCAUUAACCCUCUUGUCUUCACUUCUUUUAAGUUCCUACGCAAGCUGUUCUUUUACAAGUGUUUCACCGAGAUGCCAGUUUCGGUGCCUGAUGUUUCUUCUUCGAGCUUUGGGGCUAACCUUGAAGAGCUUGUGUUUAUUGAGAACCCAGCUCUGGUUGGGUCUCUAAGUGGCAUCAUUGGUAAUUUUACUAAUUUAAGGAGGCUAGUUUUGACUGGAAAUGGUAUUUAUGGCAAUAUUCCAGAUGGGGUUGGCUCUUUGGUUAACUUGGAAGAGGUUACAGUGUCAAGAAACCAGUUAAGCGGAGGGGUUCCCUUCAGUCUAGCUAAGUUGAAAAAAUUGAGAGUUCUUGAUUUGAGUCAAAAUUAUCUUGACGGUUAUGUCCCUUUGUCUGUGGGUAAUUUAUCUCGGCUUUUGAAGCUUGAUUUGAGUCAUAAUCGGUUUUCUGGUAAAAUCCCAGAAAGCUUGGUUAGUUUACAGAGUCUGGAGUUCUUAGACCUGAGUUUUAACAGCUUCGGUAACUAUGGAGUGCCUUUGUUUUUAGGCGAAAUGCCCAGGUUGAAGGAAGUGUAUUUGAGUGGAAAUUUGCUAGGAGGGCAUAUACCGGAAAUAUGGGAGAAACUUGGGGGUAUUUCGGGAAUAGGAUUUUCUGACAUGGGUUUGGUUGGGAAUAUUCCAGCUUCUAUGGGGGUACAUUUAAGGAACCUGUGUUACUUAGGGCUUGAUAACAACAAGCUUGAAGGGACUGUGCCUGAAGAGUUGGGGUUCUUGAAAUGUGGUUAUGAGAUCAAUUUGGAGAACAACAAUUUGAGUGGUAAAAUCCCAGUUACUUUUACUUCCAAGGUUGCUGAAAAGCUGAAGCUGAAGGGCAACUCAGGGCUGUGUGUUGAUGGUGGUGAUUUCUCAGGGUUUGGUAAAUUUGAGGGCAGUUUAGGGAAACUGAAGCUGUGCAACAAAUCAGAUCUUUCCAGUCCUGUACUCGUCCAAGAGGGUUCUCUUGAUUCCUCAUCAUCAUCUCAAACACAGGUUUCAUCUCGGAUGAUGCUUGGAUUUGGAUUUCUGUUUUUUUUAUCCUGUUAAUUUGACCCAGAGAAGAAUAGGUGCUAAGUGCUAACAGACAGAACAGGUUUAUACACUGACAUUGGACAGGGCUUUCUUGAGAACAGUGGUCUGAUUAGGGCAAGAAUGUAAUUAUGGCUCUUGUUGGUGACAAGCCAGAUACUCCACUCUACUAGUGUGUUGUUUAUCGUUUGACCUUCUUCAACCUGUGUAUACAAGUUUUUGAGGACUCUGGGUCUCUCAAGUUCGGAUGUUGGGAUUUGAGGAUCAUUUGCUACAUGAGAGGCCUAAUUUCUGCUCUGACUUUCUUGGAUUUGGUCCAAGUAAUAUGAAUUUUGCUUGGAUUUCUAGCCUAUAUGCUGUUACUUUACUGUUUUAUUUAAUUAAAUAUUGAACCUUUUUUAA